AUGUCAGCAGGGGAUCAACGUGAAAUUGUUAUUGUUGGCGGUGGCAUCAUUGGAUGCUGCUCUGCAUACUACCUUACUAGACACCCAUCAUACGACCCUGCCCGUCACAAAAUCACUCUCAUUGAGGCCUCUGAAAUCGCCGGCGGGGCAUCGGGAAAAGCGGGCGGCAUGCUGGCCCAAUGGGCCUUCCCCAGCAAUCUCGUCGGUCUCAGCUACAAGCUGCAUGCUGAACUCGCAAAAGAGCACGAUGGUAUCAAUCGAUGGGGAUACAGGGAGGUCAAUUGUGGCCAACUCGUUGUGAAAGGUCGCGCCCUUGCCGAGAACAGCGCAGGAAAAACCGGUAGAAAUACGGAAUCCCUCCAGAAACGCAGCACAGCAGCUAUGUCUAAGCUGAGAUCUGCCAAAAUCCCCGAGGACUUGGAUUGGAUUGAGCCAGAACUUCUGCGGGCCUACGAAAGUAUGAGUGGACCGGGUGAAACCGCUCAAGUACACCCAUAUCUCUUUACUACGUCCAUUGCAAAACUCGCCCAGGAGAAGGGAGUAAAUAUCAUUCUUGGACAAGUUACAGAUAUUGCUCGGUCCAAGAGCUCCGUCGAGUCAGUGACAUACACCGAUAACAAAUCAGGUGAAACACAAACCAUCACUGCUACUGAUGUGCUCGUUGCUGCUGGACCUUGGACGAAUACUAUCCUCCCGGAGGUCCCGAUCUCAGCUAUGCGGGCCCACAGUGUGGUGAUCCAGCCAAAGAGACCAGUCAGUGGAUAUUGUCUGUUUACGAAUAUCGAAAUCCCGGCCAACUUCAACCCGGAGAAGAAGUCUCGCCCAACUGUGGCUGCGCCAGAGAUCUACGCGCGUCCUGAUAAUACUGUCUAUGCAUGUGGCGAUGGAGAUAGAACAGUUCCGUUACCAAAGACAUCUGCAGAUGUUGAAGUCGACCAGGAACGCUGCCAGGAAAUUAUAGACCACGUGGGUAGUAUAUCUGACGAGCUGCGCGACGGAGAGGUUCGCACUCGCCAGGCUUGCUAUCUUCCAAACUGUGAUUCUGGCUCCGGGCCGCUACUUGGUCUGACUGAUAUGAAGGGGCUGUAUAUUGCAGCUGGUCAUACCUGCUGGGGUAUUCAGAAUGCGCCGGGUACAGGAAAGCUCAUGAGUGAGUUUGUAUUUGAUGGCAAGGCGAAGAGCGCGAACAUUGAAUCGUUGGAUCCACGCGAGUUCAUGAUUUCAGUCUUAUUGACGUCCCUCUUGUAUGCAAUUGGGAUUGUUGCAAACGAAGAUCCCCAUGAUGUAUCCGUCUUAAUUCGAGAGGCCGGACGAGCCAGCAACCAGUCCCUGCUAUGGGGUCCUUACAAGUCGAACCUCUACUUUGGAGUGCGCCCUCGCAUUCCGAAGAGUCUCACGGCAGGAUUGAUCUGGGGGAAAGUUGACGAUUAUGCUGGUGCCCAACAAAACUUUAGGCACACCUGUGAGCAAAACGAAGGAAUGGCCGGGUAUGGCUGGGACGAGUACGAUAUCCGAAAGGGUGGACGGGAGACUAUUCACGACGCUGGGAACAACUUGGACUUGACGAUUGAUUUCAUCAAAGUUCCCGGUGGGCAGCACGGAGGUAGUUGGGGAUUCCGAGUCAAGGGCACGCCUAGAGAGGGCGCAGAUCCCGACCAGCCCAUCUCGAUGAUCUUUUACUCCACUCUCGAGGGCUUCGGUCACUUGGGGGCCGAUUCUGUAUCCUCUGAAUCCACUGGCGUGGAAGGCAAUGUCAAGCUCGAAGGAUACACCACAGAACUCGGUGAUUUUGCUAUCGAUAUCACCACUGGACCGGAAACCAACUCGCAUCCCCGCUACAAUCAUCCUAGCUCCACUGACAAACCAUUGGAUCGCAGCAUUGUAGCUAGUGUGGCCUUCCCAGAGGAGCAGCUUUGGCAAGCAAAGGGAAUCUUCUUCACUCAAUUGAAGGCGGAGGUUGAUGCUGCCCUUGAAGAGUAUGGAAAAGAGAACGUCCCGCCCCCGGCCCAGCUGUUUACCAUCAAGCAUAAGCCUGGCCAGGGUAAUGCUCAGCUUGUCCAGAAGGUUUUCACAGGUGCAUUCGAGUUUGAUGUCCUGUACUCCUCGGGCUCCGCCCCCGAACCAUUAACCUCGGAAACUCUCACCAAGGAGAUUGAUGAUGCUUCGGCUUCAUUUUCUGAGACGUUUGAGCAGCUUCUUCCGCCACAGGCACCAUUUGACUCGCCGAAAUACUCGAGCUUCUCAAAGGCAAUGCUCUCUAACCUCAUUGGUGGUAUCGGGUUCUUCCACGGUGAUGAUGUCGUCGAUCGGUCUGCAAACCCUGCGUAUGAGGAGGAGAAUGAAGGCUUCUGGGAAGAGACUGCUGAAGCCAGAGCUGCCGUGCAGCCUGUUAUCGAAGGCCCGAAGGAGCUUUUCACUUGCGUUCCCUCCCGGCCGUUCUUCCCUAGAGGAUUCCUUUGGGAUGAAGGUUUCCAUUUGAUUCCUGUGAUUGAAUACGAUACCGAUCUCGCGCUCGAGAUUAUCAAGAGCUGGUUCCACCUGAUGGAUGAGGAUGGAUGGAUUGCCCGUGAACAGAUUCUAGGUCAAGAGGCACGCAGCAAGGUCCCCCCGGAGUUUACAGUCCAAUAUCCCCAUUACGCCAACCCACCUACUCUGUUCAUGGCUUUGGAAGCAUUCAUGGACAAGGUCAAGAUUAACAACAACAAAAGCAGCGACUUUGAAACCCUGGAUACCCAAGAUGCGACUGCGAGCCUGCGCUCUGCCACUGUCCGCUACCCGGAACUGUCUGAGGCAUAUCUUCGCUCAUUCUACCCGCUCCUAAAGAAGCACUAUAACUGGUACAGGAACACUCAGCGCGGUGACAUCACAUCGUAUGACCGUGAAGCUUUCUCAACCAAGGAAGGUUACCGCUGGCGCGGACGUUCCGUGCAGCACAUCCUCACUUCUGGCAUCGAUGACUACCCCAGAGCUCAGCCGCCACACCCCGGUGAGCUGCAUGUCGAUCUGAUCAGUUGGAUGGGAAUGAUGACUCGCGCUAUGCGUCGUAUUGCCGAAAACCUCGGCGAGGAAGAAGAUGUCGAGCAAUUCGCCUCAUAUGAAAAUGCUAUCACUCGUAACAUUGAUGACUUGCAUUGGAACGAGAAGGAGCAAACCUUCUGCGAUGCGACUAUCGAUGAAUAUGAAGAGAGUGUCCACGUCUGCCACAAGGGCUACAUCUCCAUUUUCCCCUUCCUGACUGGUAUGCUGGGUCCUGACAGCCCGCGCCUCAAGGCCGUGCUGGACUUGAUCAGUGAUCCCGAGGAGUUGUGGAGUGAUUAUGGUAUCCGCAGUUUGAGCAAAAAGGAUAAGUUCUACGAGACCGAUGAGAACUAUUGGAGAAGCCCUGUCUGGAUUAAUAUCAACUACUUGGUGUUGAAGAAUCUCUAUGACACUGCCACCGUUGCUGGUCCUCACCAGGAACAGGCGCGGGAGAUGUACUCCAACUUGCGCAAGAAUUUGGUCGAGAAUGUCUUCCGCGAGUGGAAGAAGACUGGGUUCGCUUGGGAACAGUACAACCCUGAUUCGGGCAACGGCCAGCGGACACAGCACUUUACCGGCUGGACCAGUAUGGUGGUGAACAUGAUGUCCAUGCCGGAUUUGGCAGGAUCUGCCAAGACCACUCAUGACGAGUUGUAA